UCACGGGCACCUUAACAACCUUGACUUCAGAGAGAGGAGUGGGAGAGUUUUCCAGUAUCCAGCAGAGAAGCGACUCUGGCAGCCGUGGCGGCCGCCUCUCACCCUCCCACGUCCCGCUUAAAGUAACCGGCACGGCACCGCUGAUGCGCACUGCCGCCAUCACUCCCCGUCCCCUCACACCUCCGCCGAAAGCUGCUCUCCUCCCUGUCAACUCACCUCGCAUCUGAAAACAACCCGCGCACUCUGGACUUCAUAAUAAGCCACGGAGCAGUACUUUUACCUUCCGUUUCUGAAUGACGGGCGGUCGGUUCGACUUUGACGAUGGUGGCACCUACUGCGGCGGCUGGGAGGAUGGAAAAGCCCACGGCCAGGGUGUGUGCACCGGACCCAAGGGCCAGGGCGAGUACUCGGGCUCCUGGUCCAACGGUUUCGAGGUGGUCGGCGUGUACACCUGGCCCAGCGGGAACGUGUACCAGGGCUACUGGGCGCAAGGGAAACGCCACGGACUCGGCGUAGAAAUGAAGGGGAGGUGGACUUACCGGGGGGAGUGGACGCACGGGUUCAAGGGCCGUUACGGAGUCCGACAGAGCCUGAACACACCUGCGAGGUACGAGGGCACCUGGACUAACGGACUGCAGGACGGAUAUGGCGUGGAGACGUACGGUGAUGGAGGUACGUACCAGGGUCAGUGGACUGGUGGGAUGCGUCAUGGCUACGGCGUACGUCAAAGUGUUCCAUACGGUAUGGCCUCUGUCAUCCGCUCACCUCUACGAACCUCACUGGCUUCCCUCCGCAGCGAGCAGAGUAAUGGUACAGUACUGCGUGAUAGCCUGUCUGACAGCCCUGCUGGCACACGCGGUGGCUUUGUACUCAACUUCCACUCAGACGGAGAAGGUUCAGAGAAGAAGAAGGGUCUCUUUCGCCGUGGCUCCCUCUUCGGUAGUCUUCAGCGACUGCGCAAAUCUGACUCGCGCUCGUCGAUUUCAAGUAAACGCAGCUCAGCACACAGUGACACCACCAUGAGCCGCAUCAGUUCAAGUGACGCCAACUCCACCAUCAGUUUUGGAGACGGAGACCAGGGCGAUGACUACCUGCCUCUGGAGGACAACGUGGAUGCCACCACCACCGAGUCCUACAUGGGCGAGUGGAAGAACGACAAGCGCAGCGGCUUUGGUGUCUCAGAGCGCUCUAACGGCAUGAAGUACGAAGGCGAGUGGUUGAACAAUAAGCGCCAUGGCUACGGCUGUACCAUCUUUCCUGAUGGCACCAAGGAAGAAGGCAAGUACAAGAACAACGUGCUAGCCCGGGGCAUCAGGAAGCAGCUGAUCCCGUUGAAGAACGCCAAGACCAAACAGAAGGUGGAUCGAGCCAUUGAGGGAGCAGUUAGAGCAGCUGCCAUUGCCAGAACCAAAGUGGAAAUUGCCAUCUCCAGGACAUCCCAUGCCCGGGCCAAAGCAGAGGCUGCAGACCAGGCUGCGCAGUCAGCCAGUCAGGAUUCAGAUAUUGCCAGAGCUAUGGCCAGAGAGCUGUCCCCGAGCUUCCAUCAGCCAGGUCCUGACUACAUACGGCAGAAGUAUAAUGAGCCAGUAGAGGUGAAGGAGGUUCCUGCGGAGGAGAAGAAGGAGAAAUCUCCAUCAGGGAGCCCACAUUUCUACCGGAAAGGCACAACACCCUCCCAGUCUCCAUCUCAGAGCCCAUGUCACACCCCCACUCCUUCACCCACUGCUGUUAAAAAGUCCUUUUUCAGCGCUAAAACCUCUGCCAACAUCACUCCUGCAAAGCCUGCUGGGAAAGAGAACAAAACCCCAACAGCUGAGUCUUUGACAGCAGGCAUAACAAAGGCAGCAUCAAAAGUUUCACUCAAACAGGAAGUCAGACAACAGGAGGCUCCUCCACCAGUUAAACCAGCUGUUAGCAGUUACCCAAGCAACGGGCAGAUUCACACCCAGUACCAUGGUUACUAUGUCAAGGCAGAUGUCAAGAUUCCUCCACCCGAAGAACCCCUCGGUGCGGAGGAAGACCUUCACCCAUCAAGCCUCACACUAUUGCCGCCACCUGCCAAAAAGAUUGUCACCGGGACAAAAUCCCUGCCAGCCCCUAGUCCUUCACCAGUUCCACCAAAAGAGAGCAUCAAGGCACCAGAGCCCCCCAAGCCAAAAAGACAGGAAUCAACCAAACCAAAGAGCCUCGCAGAAACCAAGAAAGCUAGUAUGGAAAUAGCUCCUGAAAUUGUAGAGGAGGAGUCGGGCCCUAACUCUAUCUUGGUGGCUCUAGUGAUGCUGUUGAAUGUAGGUCUAGCAAUCAUUUUUGUCCAUUUCCUCACCUGACCAAAUCUGAACUAAGUGGACUCGUCCAAACUAGCCGCCUGAGUCGCUAACUCUCCACCGGCCAAAGGGGCUUUUUGUUUUUUAAAAAUGGCGCCAGUCAGAACGAACAGCAGCCACAGGCAAAACCGAGGACUGAAAAUAGACGAGCGAAGGAGGAGGAGGAGGAGGAGAAGGAGAAGAAGUGGAGGGGAAAAAACACAUGGAGGAGAGAGAGGGGAAACAGCAGAGAGAGAGAAAGAUGACACCUCCACCCACCCCCCACCCAACCCCUGAUUGGACUGGCGAUGAUUUGUGACUCCAGUCAAGAGUGCAGUGAAAGCUGAAGCAAGCAGUCGCUGGUUGGAAAUGGGGCCGUAUCAGGGUUAGAAAUAACAGGAGGCCUGGGGAGUAGAGUGAAUGUACGUGAGUGUGAGGCCUGGCAUCUAUACUGCCUAUAAAUGCCUGUAAUGUGUGUGUGCUGGUCGGUCUGUAGCUCCAUUUCCAUGCGACUGUUCAGAAAACUUGGAAGUUUUGAAAUGCUGCAAUAAAAAAGCUUGUGCGUUGUCCAGCUGAA